AUGAUCGCGUUCACCAUAGUUAUGGGACGAACCAACUUCGCCCCGGAUGAAAAAGACGCCGGAUAUUGCCAGCUCUUCGUAGAGAACCUCAGCGGACAUGCCCUCAGCUGGUUUUCAAGACUUGAAUCGGGCUUAAUCGACAGCUACCAGGAACUAUCUACGGCCUUCCUCAAAGACUACUCGAUAGACAUCGAGAACGGGGUGUCGGAAGCAGAUCUCUAUACCCUCUCCCAAGAACGAACCGAAUCCCUCAGGAGCUUCAUUGGAAGAUUUAAAACGAUAGUAUCCCGCGUGAAAGUACCAGAUAAAAUAGCUAUCACGGCGCUGAUCAACGCUUUAUGGUAUGAAUCAAAGUUGCGCGAAGACGUCAAGACAAACAAAACUCAGACGCUUGAAGACGCACUGCACCGAUCCAACCUGUUCAUCGAGCUUGAGAAAAAUAAGGAGGCCAUGGCAAAAAAACACGCAGCCACCAAAACAACCGUAAUAAAAGACAAGGCGAAAGAAGAAUGCCGCGAGUCGCAACAUCGAUCGGAAAGCGAACGAAAGAGGGAAGAAGGGAACCGAAAGGCACAUAAUUUCCAUGUCAGCGACGCACAACGACCACCUCUUCCAAGGCAACCUUGGAACAAGUGGUCCCGAGAAGACGACCCAACGAGGUAUUGCGAGUUCCACAAAAGAAACAGACACUCAACAAUGGAGUGCAGACAUUUGCAGGAAUACUUACUCAGGAAAUACUAG